CCUAGAGUACUUAGAAUCCAGUCAGAGCAGCGCUUGAAGAAGGUAUCGGAACUGAACCAAGGGCUGGGGCCCCACCUCAUAAUCCCAGACCAGACGAGCAGGAGAAGCUGGCUGGGCGGCUGGAGCCGGCAUUGUGCCUCUCAAGCCCUGGGCUGUAGGGAACCACAAUCGACAAGCCUUACAGAAGCAGGUGAGUCCUGGGGCUGUUGACUAGCACUAAGCUGCCUCCACCUCUAGCAUGGUGGUCACUGCCAUGGCCUGGCUGCUGGUGCCAGGCAUAGUACUGUGCAUGUUGGGCGCUGGAUUAGGCGCCUCAGAUUUGGAGGACGUUCUGCCUCCUGCUCCCCACAACUGCCCCAAUAAAUGCAUCUGUGCUGCCGAUGUGUUGAGCUGCGCGGGCCAUGGAUUAGAGGAUGUGCCGGCAUUACCUGCAACUGCUGCAGAACUCGACUUGAGCCACAAUGCACUCCAACGCCUGCACCCUGGCUGGUUAGCACCCUUCUCCCGGCUGCAUGCCCUGCGCCUAGGCUACAAUAAAUUGUAUGUGCUGGGCCAUGGUGUCUUCACCAAUGCCAGUGGCCUGAGGACACUUGAUCUAUCAUCUAAUAUGUUGAGGAUACUCCAUACCCAUGACCUGGAUGGACUAUGGGGGCUGGAGAGAUUGCUUCUGUUCAAUAACCGCCUGGUGCACUUAGACCUGGACGCCUUCCAGGGCCUGAGCACACUCAGCCACCUUUAUCUUGGCUACAAUGAACUCGCCUCUUUUUCUUUCAACCACCUACAUGGUCUGGGGACAACCCACCUGCGCACUCUAGACCUGUCCUCCAACUGGCUGGGACACGUCUCCAUCUCUGGGUUGGCUGCACUGCCAGCCUUCCUCAAGAAUGGCCUCUACCUGCACAACAACCCACUGCCCUGUGACUGCCGCCUCUACCACCUGCUCCAGCGCUGGCACCAGCGGGGUCUCAGUGCCCUGCGGGAUUUUGCACGUGAAUACACGUGCUUGGCCUUUAAGGUUUCCGAAUCCAGAGUACGCUUCUUUGAGCACAGCCGGGUAUUUGAGAACUGUUCAGCUGCUGCAGCUCUCGGCUUAGAACUGCCUGAACAGCAGCUGGACACACAGGUGGGACAGUCCCUGAGGCUCUACUGCAACACCAGCGUGCCCGCUGCACGAGUGGCCUGGGUUUCACCGAAAAAUGAGCUGCUUGUCCCACCAGGAUCUCAGGAUGGCAGCAUUGCUGUGUUGGCUGAUGGCAGCUUAGCAAUACGCAGGGUGCAAGAGCAACAUGCAGGCAUCUUUGUGUGCCUGGCAACUGGGCCCCGCCUGCACCACAACCAGACACUUGAGUUCAAUGUGAGCGUGCAUAAACCUCGCCCCGAGCCAGAGGCUUUCAACACAGGCUUCACCACGUUGCUGGGCUGUAUCGUGGGCCUGGUGCUGGUGCUGGUCUACUUGUUUGCACCACCCUGUCGUGGCUGCUGUCACUGUUGCCGGAGAGCCUGCCGUAACCGCUGCUGGCCCCGAGCACCCAGUCCACUCCAGGAAUUGAGUGCACAGUCCUCAGUCCUCAGCACUACACCACCGGAUGCACCUAGCCGCAAGGCCAGUGUCCACAAGCAUGUGGUCUUCCUGGAGCCGGGCAAGAAAGGUCUCAAUGGCCGUGUGCAGCUAGCAGUAGCUGAAGACUUCGACCUGUACAACCCCGUGGAGUUGCAAGUCAAGGCUGGCUCUGAGUCAGCCAGUUCCACAGGCUCAGAGGGUCUCGUGAUGACCUAGACUGCCUGGGUGCCCCCCACAGGCUAUAGAACUGCUGCUUGCCCUGUUUGCUGCUGCAGUCUAGAGAACUGACAGGUGCUGGUGGGAUACACUGUGCCUGGUCCUACAACUGCAUGUGAGCCUCGACCUGCACUGUAAUAGCUCUACCCACUGGUAAGGGGGUGAGGCUCCCCGGCUUGCCUCUUGCUCUGCCUAGCUCAGGCUAAGGCCUCAGACUACUAGAUCCUGCUUCCCUAGGACCUCUGAGUGACCAAAUGUCCCAUGAAGAUCAGGGACCAAGACCACCAUCUGGUAAGAGCCCUUGCAUUAGAGCUCUGGGACCACUUCAGGAAUUAAUGCAGAUGUUAGGUGCAGCAUAGAAGUCAAGCACACCAUCUUCCCUUCCCCACCAGGGAGCUUGCCAAGGAGGGAAAAGGCAGCUCAGAAGAUCCAGCCCCCACUCUUAGGUGGAAGGAAUAAAUAAGCCCUUCCUCUGCUGAAAGAAGACCCAGUCUACCACCACCACCCAGCCUCUGGAAAGCUAUACAACUCCUGUGGAGUCUGGUGGGCAUGCGUUCCUCCUUCAGGACACUCCUGCAAGAGUAGCCCUGCUGUCUUCAGCUAAAGGGGGAGCCAAUUCCAUGGGCUCAUAACCCAGCAGGAAAAAGCCCGGUGAAUAUGACUAAUCUGGGAUUCAUGUCCCUGGAGGGCAGGAGACCUCUUAAGGACUGGCACUCAUCUCAGCCUAAUGGCUGAAGCACUAUCCUGAGUCCAUAUGCCUCUACCACCCUACAGGCGGGUAGGGAAAGGGUCGGAGCCCUUCCCAGGAUGAGCUGGCAGCUCAGUCUGUCCUAGAUGACUAUGAAGGCAUUUUGUAAUAAAGGCAGUACAUGUUCGUUGCUGGGCCUUCCCAGAUGGGUAGCUUUGUGUGCUCAGCUCUUGAUCCAGCAGGGUGGCCCUGACCAUCAGAGGAUGGCACAUCUUCCAAGUUUUGGCAUGUAUGCCCCUGCAAGAGGCAUGGCUGCUAGCUAAGACCUCCUACCGAGCCAGAGUUUACACCUCACCACCUACCCUUUGCCUCAGUGUCCCAAACUAGAGUCUGCGGUUCAUUUUGAGACAAAGAAACACAACAAGGCCCUUCCCUAUCAGCCCUUCCUCAAAGGGCACGCCCAGUUCCCAUGGGAGCCAACAGUCCCCGACACUCACUCUGAGGCUGGACCAUGCACCAGGAGGCGUACCAGGAUGCCGGUCACUGCCACCAGGAUAGGGUAGUGGUCCACACUCUCCAGGCCUAAGGGGAGGGAAGGAAGAUGAAGCGUUCAUACAGUUUUGUGGCAGGAGCUCCGGGCCUGGCUGAUGCCACCGACCUCUUCCUACAUAAAGGCAAGCUGAGGCUGGGAUUGCACAGCACAGCUGUCCAGUACUGAAUGGAGAAGAGCAGGCACCACUGCUCCUGGCCCAGAAGCCAAGGCCUUGGUGUGCUGAGAUGCAGGGCAUCUGGAUCCUUACCAGGAAGCCGCAGGGUGACGACGCGGUCAAACAGGUUUCUCUCAGCUGUCACCCGGUUCAGCACCUGGUUCAGCAGCUGUGAGGGCAGGAGCCUAUUGGUGGAUGGGCAAGCGCACCACCU